AUGGAAACUACCGGCCGAGGUAAGAACAGAGGAUUGUUAAGAAGAUUUUUAGUUCACUUGUCUUUAAAAAAUUGCUCAAAUGAUUGAUAUAAAUUCAGGGUUUCAUAAACGACGGUUUUUAUAAAUGAAGGGUGUUUCUGUUUCUGGGUCAGGGUGUAGGGAAGGCUUUCAAAGACCCAUUUGUGGUAGCCGGGGAGGGAUUACACAGGGGCUCAAAUGUCUUCGGUUGGAAACAUUUCGCAAGAUUGGUUUGCACAUCUUUCCUUAUAAGCAUGAAGCAUUUAGUGCAUUUUACUGCAUGAAGCAUUUACACACACACUUUCUGAAUGUUAAAUCCCUUUCACAUAAACGGGAUUAAAUUUCCCAAUAAUCGUGGUUAGGAUCGGCUACGGAAAACGAUGGCAGGCAUAGAAAUAAGAGCGUAAACUUCUUACUUAAAAUCCUUUGGUUUGUUUUCAUGCAAGCCUUGUUGAGAGCAACCGGAGGUUUAUUUAAAAUUAGUGUCCAUUGUUAAGGCAAAACCAAUUCAGGGAGGAAGAUCUGCAAGCGUCGGUUCAGUUUAAGCCGAGCGCUUCCUUCAGAUUUGCCUCUUUGUCUUUUCCCAGGAGGAAGCUACCCCAAAGUCGGAGGAGGAAGGCGAAAAAGGACUGUUUUCAGCCCAUCUCACGUCGAGCUCCUAAAAAAGUCCUUUGAAGAGAACCAGUACCCCGGAUACGAGACUAGGGAGGCGCUGGCCAGGUGCAUCGGAAUCGAAGAAGAUCGUGUACACGUAAGAAUCGGGAUGGUGGGGGCUCCCAAGACUUCGCUAAACAGCACAUACUGGAAGAAUUUGAAACGCUCAGAAUAAUCCUUGCGUAGUCGAAGGCCUUAGUUCACCCUGGUGCCUUUCAGCAUAUCGCGAAAGGCGCCUUGUUCAAGAGCUAACUUCCUCUUUCUUGGUUCUUUUUAUUUGGGGGGGGGCGUAUCGUGGGUUCUGGGUUUAAAUCAUUUUAAAAAAAUAUUCAGAGACCCAGCUUUCGAAAUCUAAUUUCUGCUUAGUGCUUAGAAAUCUAAUUUCUGCUUAGUGCUUAGAAAUCUAAUUUCUGCUUAGUGCUAAAAGUACAUUAAAUCUGGUUUUAUAGGCUGCCUUUGCAGCCUGAUCCAGUUAACACUAACUCCCAAGGUAAUGUGCAGAGGACUGCAGCCAUAAGCAGCUUUCACUGGGGAGACUAAAAUGAGUUAAGCUGCAUUGCUUUUUCUGGCAAACGUUGAGCAAGUACUUAGUUCUCUCCUACAGAGAAAUUGGCAUUUAGAAAUAUAUAUAUAAACACUUCCCUGCCUAGUCCAUUACCCCCAGAAAACUUGGGAGGCUGAGGCAGAAGAUCCCAAACAGGGCACAAAAAAUGGGUAGGUCUUCUGAGUGAGCCAUUUAAAAUUACUGUUACUAAGUUUAUUGAGUUUUUAAAACAAUUGCCAUGCAUAAAGUGUUGCCUUCCAGCACAAAUGCACACAAAGAUGUUAAGUCUUGUAUGCAGCCAUCCACUUGGCAUUAACAAACGCUUGACAAUUUUUUACAGAUGAAGCUCACACCCACAGGUUAUACUUAAAUAAAGCAAGUCUUGUGGAACUGUACACUUGUGCACCUUUAAAAGGUGGCUUUUUCUGAUACUGCAGAACAAAAUACAGCCAAAUAGCAGUAUUUAGUCAUUCCAACUUAGAAGCUUUAUAUUUAACAGUAACUGGAGAUUAUGCACAUGGGAUAUAUGAAUGUGGAGCUGAAGAGAGUAGAAAAAUGCUGCAGAGAACUAAAGAGAAACCCCAGAGGAAUAAGCAUAAUUUAUUAAAUGUAAUUCUCUCUGUUGGAUCAAAAAGACAUAUUCAUGGUAACAAUGUCAUCUAUACUGGUUCUCUCCUUUCUUCUAUUCAGGUCUGGUUUCAAAACAGAAGGGCCAGAACACCAAAGACGAUUGAUUCCAGGAUAAGGAUCGGGAACCAUGCUGCAGCUCCUUAUAGCCACAGUGAAGGAACCCGUCCAAGAAGCAGCCUGGACAGCAGCCCGAGAAGCAGUCCAGGAAACCUCCAAAAUAUUCACAUGGAACAAUAUUAUCAGCCACACAACUUUCAUUAUGCUGAAAGCUAUAGAGGAGCAGGGUUGUGGCAGCCACCUCUCAACAACACACAACCGGGAGAGUGUGCCCCACAACAGCAGAGCUCCCUGGAAUUGAACCCUGCUUGUUACCAGCAAGCUGCUUUUUGUGGAACUGGGCUUUAUGAGACUUCCCAGGCGAGCAACUGCCCAGUUCCAUAUUAUGGUGCGGAGAUGGUGAGGCAGCCUUCACCAUCAUCUGGUAACUUCUUCAUGGCAUCAAGCACUUAUACUGCCAGGUCUGAAAUGGGGAAUUAUUCAGCUACAAAUCCUAUACAAAUGCAGAACAUUGAUGGAAGUGUUUCAGACUCUCAGUUUUCUCUUUGUCAGGUUCCAGAUUAG